AUGAUCCCAGUGCCACAGCAACAACAACAGCAUCAGCAUGGACAGCGUUCCAAUAAUGAUCGCUAUCCUCCCAGGACCAGGCCUCACCGAAAGAUUGAUCCGAUUCCUAUGACCUAUGCUCAAGUGUUGCAAGAUUUGCUCAAGAUUGAGAAGAUUACUUUGAGAGAUGCUCCGAAUGCUCCGGACACACAAUCUCCGAAUUACAAUGCAAACGCACGAUGUGCUUUCCAUUCAGGUGCCGCUGGGCACGAUAUAGAGAGGUGCAUUGCGUUGAAGAACAAAGUCCAAGACUUGUUGGACCAAAAGAUAAUCCAAUUCACUCCUACACCCAAUAUUGUCAAUAAUCCGAUGCCUGCUCACGGAGGUUCGGGUGUGAAUGUCAUCGAGAGUGAAGGGAUAAGUGUUGUAUCUGAUGUGGGAUGUUUGACCUUUCCUCUUGUGUCUGUGAAGCAACAUCUGGUUAAUAGCGGCAUCUUCCCGGGCUGUGGUGUGGAUUGUGAGAAUUCCAAGAGUCAACCCGAAGGUUGUGCUGAUUUGAAAUCUAUGGUACAAAAACUGAUUGAUGAGGGUCCUCUUCAAUUUUAUCGAAGGUUGAGAGGUGCGAGAAAUAAGGAUGGCGAAGUGUCUGUGAUCUCAAUUCCUUAUGAGCCGGUUGUGCCAAUUUGUAUCCAAGUGCCUAUUCAGAUACCUGUCAGUAUCCCGUAUGAGGAGCAACCAGCGGCGUUGAUGAUUACCGUGCCAGGGCCGAUUCCAUAUGAGAGGGAGAAGGCCGUCCCUUGGCAUUAUGGUUCAGACGUGUAUUACUAUGACACGAAGGAAGAGGGCGAGCCAUCUAAAGAGAAGUUUGUGGAAGCCGCAGUUGCAAACACCGAUAAUUUUGCCGGAACUGGUAGAAUUACUCGCAUCGGUAGGGUGUUCUCCCCUCAGCUUGUUCAAAGUAAUGCGGAUGCUUUGGCUAAGGCCAAAGGUAAACAAGUGGUGACUGAUGUCCAAAAUUCCCCGAUUCAUAAUGGGCCACUUGAUAGUGCUGUGCCUUCCAAGGAUGUGGAAGAGUUGUUGAGAAUCAUCAGGAAGUAUGAUUACAAAGUUGUUGAGCAGUUCGGUCAAACCCAAUCAAAGAUUUCCAUAUUGCAAUUGUUGAUGUGUUCGGAAGGUCAUAGAGAUGCUCUCUUGAGAAUUCUGAAUGGUGCUUAUGUGCCCAUGAAAUAUCCGUGA